UUUUUAUGGAGAUACGCCAUGAAAAUAUAGUUGCUAUAUAAGUCACAAACGCUUGUUUCUAAACUUAUCUGUGUUACAGAAGCGCUCGGUUCGUAAAGUCUCCAAAAAUGGCUAUCCUCACAUCUUUGGCAUGCGUUUGGUUAGGUUUAACACUUGUUGCAGUCGUGAGUGGCAAUUGCCCACCAGUAGAAGAACUUCAAUGCGGAACUCCAGACGUGUGCCCUAAGAACAGACCAUUUAAAGUCUUCUCAUACAUACCACCUGGUCCCAGCACAGGUGGAUACCAAUGUACGGGCUGUGGAUACUGUGUUGCAUCGGAUGAAGUGUGCCCGGAAUUGCCGUGUCCGAUGUUCCACCCAGGGCCCGGCUGCAAUGUACGUCUGUACCCUGUCAUGUUGAAUGUUGCCGGAAAUCAGUGUAUGUGGCAGUGCGAUGUGUUGAGGUGUUAAAUAGAGCAAUUAUUUAACAUUUGCUUUCGUUAGUUUUAUACUCUUCACUUCACAUGUUUAAAAUAUUUCAGGAUAAACGUUACGUUUAUAUUUUGUUAACAUUAAAAAUAAGCAUCAAAAGAACUACAAAUUAUUUUGACAAAACAUAGAAAAAAAACAACAAAACAUUGUUUCUGUUAACUAUUAUGCACAUAUUGACAUAAAAUCAAAAUAUACUCACUU